AUGACUAAGACCUACUUUGACGUUACUGCUGAUGGCAAGCCAUUGGGAAGAAUCACGUUCUCUUUGUACGAUGAUGUUCCAAAGAUAUCUGAGAACUUCAGAGCUUUGUGUACCGGUGAGAAGGGCUUUGGAUACAAGGGAUCGAUUUUCCACAGGGUUAUUCCACAGUUCAUGUUGCAAGGUGGUGACUUCACCAACUUCAACGGUACUGGUGGCAAGUCAAUCUACGGAACCAAGUUCCCAGAUGAAAACUUCAUCCACAAGCACAGCAAGCCAGGUAUGUUGUCUAUGGCCAACGCUGGUCCAAACACCAACGGCUCUCAAUUCUUCAUCACCACAGUUGUUACACCUUGGUUAAACGGCAAGCAUGUUGUUUUCGGUGAGGUUGUUGAUGGCAUGGAUGUUGUCAAGAAGGUUGAGUCUUUGGGUUCGUCUUCCGGUGCCACCAGAGCCAGAAUUGUCAUUUCCGACUCGGGUGAGUUGUAA